AUGGCUAAGGAUAAGAGAGCUAGAGAGGACAAGGAGGCCGAGAAGGCCGCGAAACGUCUGAAGAAGGAAAAGAAGGUGAAGAAGGUGAAGAGCGAGAAGGAGAACACAGGUAACACCAAGAAAAAGGAAAAGAAGGAGAAAAAGAGGGAAAAGCACGAGACAAGAGAUGUGCCUCAGAUCGAGAUCGACAGCGUCGCUGUUGAAGAGUUCCUGAAGACCAACGAGGUUGACAUUGAGGAUCCCCAAAAAUCCAGCGUUUCUCCGGCCCUCUCGUUCGACAAUCUCAGGCCUUUUGUUGACUCUCGUAUCAGUAGCCAUUUGGACAAGUAUGCCAAGCCAACGCCGAUCCAGGCAGUGGUGUGGCCGUAUCUUCUCCAAGGCCGCGACAUGGUGGGCGUUGCAGAGACCGGGUCGGGGAAAACGAUGGCUUUUGGUGUCCCAGCAGUGGAGCAUCUGCUGAAAUCGGAUUCCAAGGCAUUGCAGGUGCUGAUCAUCUCCCCAACAAGAGAGCUUGCCAGCCAGAUCUACGACAAUCUUAAUGAGCUGACGGCCAAGGUGGGUCUAGAGUGUGUUUGUGUUUACGGAGGUGUUUCCAAGGACGAGCAGAGAAGAGCGGUGAAACGGUCACAGUGCGUGAUAGCCACGCCGGGCCGUUUGAUUGAUUUAAUAGAGGAUGGCAGCAUCAGUCUGGACAAGAUCAAUUAUCUGGUUCUGGACGAAGCCGACAGAAUGCUCGAAAAAGGAUUUGAGGAGGACAUAAAAAAGGUGAUGAGGCUCACAAACGGCAGCAGACAGACCCUCAUGUUCACUGCUACCUGGCCCAAGGAAGUGCGCGAGCUCGCAAUGAACUUUAUGGACAAGCCUGUCAAAGUCACGAUCGGCCAGCGGGAUGAGUUGUCGGCCAACAAACGGAUCCAGCAAAUCGUCGAGGUGGUGGAUCCUCAUGAAAAGGAACAAAAACUGUUGCAACUGUUGCGCAAAUACCAAUCUGGUGCGAAAAAGGACGAUAAACUUUUGAUCUUCGCUUUGUACAAGAAGGAGGCCGCCAGGGUAGAGAAGACGCUCACCUACAAGGGAUUCAGCGUGGCAGCCCUGCACGGUGACUUAAACCAGGCGCAAAGAACGCAAGCCUUGCAAGAUUUCAAGGCUGGUAAGCACAACAUCCUGCUUGCUACAGAUGUCGCUGCAAGAGGUCUGGACAUUCCAAACGUCAAGGUCGUCAUCAACCUGACGUUCCCGCUCACGGUGGAAGACUACGUGCACCGAAUCGGGCGGACAGGCCGUGCGGGUCAAACGGGGAUCUCGCACACUCUUUUCACAGAGCACGAGAAACAUCUUGCAGGGGCUUUGAUGAACGUCCUGCGUGGCGCCGACCAGCCUGUGCCCGAGGAGCUGCUCAAGUACGGCUCGCAUACGAAAAAGAAGACGCACGGGGCUUAUGGCGCUUUCUUCAAAGACGUCGACAUGACCAAGAAGGCAAAGAAGAUCACGUUCGAUUAA